AUGAGCGUGGCGGGGAAGCAGCCUGCUCCAGCACCGCUCGAGCGGCCCGGCAGCCUCCUCGUCCCCACCUGGACUAAAACUGGUGUUGCAUUGUUGUAUGAUGAAGUAUCUGAAAAUGCUUAUGACAUCCGGCUGAAGCUUACAAAAGAGGUAUUAACAAUUCAGAAACAAGAUGUCAUCUGUGUUAGUGGAAGUGAUCACAGUGCAAAUCACAGAACUGUUACACUUCGUAGACAACCAGUUGGUGGCUUGGGCUUAAGCAUAAAGGGUGGUGCUGAGCACAAAGUGCCUGUCGUCAUAUCAAAAAUAUUUAAAGACCAAGCAGCUGAACAGACAGGAAUGUUAUUUAUAGGAGAUGCAAUAAUACAGGUUAAUGGUAUAAAUGUAGAAAGUGCUACCCAUGAAGAAGUGGUACACCUACUGCGAAAUGCUGGCGAUGAAGUUACCAUCACAGUUCAAUACCUCAGGGAAGCUCCAUCAUUUUUAAAGCUUCCAUUAGGUUCCCCUGGACCACCCAGUGAUCACAGCAGUGGAACUUCAUCACCUCUCUUUGACAGUGGCUUACAUUUAAAUGGAAACUCAACUAACACGGCUCCAUCCUCACCUUCUUCACCCAUAGCUAAUGAACCAAAAUACGAGAAGCGCUGGCUAGACACCCUGUCAGUUCCUCUGUCGAUGGCUCGAAUCUCGAGGUACAAAACUGGAACAGAUAAAUUAAGAUCUAAUGCAUUUGAAGUGCUGGCACUCGAUGGAGUUAGUACUGGGAUACUUCAGUUUUAUACAGCCCAGGAGAGUGCUGACUGGCUGAGAGCAAUGUCAACUAACAUCAGUGAUUUGACACUUCAAAAUAUGAAAAUGGCAAAUAAGUGCUGUUCUCCCUCUGACCAGGUCAUACAUAUGGGAUGGGUAAAUGAGAGACUUGAAGGAACUGAUUCAUCUCAGCUCUACAAAUUCAAGUUUCUGGCCCUGAAGGGUUCAUCCUUCUACAUUUUCAGCACUCCACCGGUAAGCACACUAGACUGGGUACGAGCUGAAAAAAUCUAUAACCUCUGUGAGGUUCUAUUUAAAAUUCACAAGGUAGAAAAUCACAUACUAAAACAUGUCUUUCAGCUCUGGCUUGCUGAUGAUUGCUGGCUACAAGCAAACUUGUAUUUAGGUAUUCACCCAGACUUCGAUCUUGAAGACCAGAGGCCGUAUUGUUUCAGUGUUAUGGUUGGACAUGGCAAGAGCCAUUAUUUCAAUGUAGAGCUGGGCAGUGAAUUGGCAGUGUGGGAGAAAUCAUUUCAAAGAGCAAUUUUCUUGGAAGUUCAAAGAACAGGGUCUAAAACAUAUAUGUGCAGUUGGCAAGGGGAUACUCUGUGUUUCACAGUCGACUUUGCUCUUGGAUUUACCUGUUUUGACAGUAAAACGAAGAAUGUGCUGUGGAGGUUUAAAUUCUCUCAACUCAAAGGCUCAUCAGAUGAUGGGAAAACAAGAGUUAAGCUGCUUUUUAGAAAUCUAGACACCAAACAAAUUGAGACAAAGGAACUUGAAUUUCAGGAUCUGACGGCAGUUUUACACUGUAUUCACUCCUUUAUAGCAGCAAAAGUGGCAUCUGUGGAUCCAGUGUUCAUAGACAGUCAGAGUAUUGCAAGAAGAUACAUGUAUAGUAACUGA